AUGGAAGGACUCAUCUUGGCUUUCUUCUCUGCGCUUCUGGUGAACUUGGUUUGUGUGGUUGGAGCGGAGAAUAUCCCUGGGAACCGUGAGGCUUUCUUCCACAGAAUUAGUGGAGGUCACAGGGACCAUGUUCAUCACUCCAACAGGUUCCCACUCUACAUGAUGCAGCUCUACCGGACUCUGCUGGAGGGGGACACCGCCAGGGCGCCGCCAUCUGUCAGCGCCGCCCGGACCAAGAGUGAGAACAACCCCCGCCUUCACGACUCCGACUCGGUACUCAGUCUGGUAGCCAAAAGUUGUCACCAGAGCGGUGGGAGGUGGUCUGUCACCUUUGACAUGUCCUCCAUCUCUGCAAGUGACAAUGUCCAGCGCUUUGAGCUGCGGAUCCGCCUGCCUACCUUCUCUGCCUCUGAGCGUGUCACUGUGGACAUGUACCACUCCCAGAGUGGCCGCUGCUCCAGCCCGCCAUGCCCAGAGAGCCUCUUCCUGGGCUGCCUGAGGGCAGAGCCCAGCUCCCUGACCGCCAUGUCCAACUGGAGGGUGUUCAAUGUCACCGCACUGCUCCGCUACUACUGGCUGCACCAGGGAGGCUCCGCACCUUGCCAUGAAGAGGGAAGGGCAGAGGAGAGAGAGGAGGGUCUGGAGAGGCUCCUGCACCCCACAGCCGACCGGGUCAUGAUGGUGGUCUUCUCCAAGCACCAGACAGAGAAGCGGGCCCCCACCCUCAUCCGCACUGCUGAGCAUUCCAAGUACGUCUCUCUGGACCGGGAGCGAGCUGGAGCAGGCCCUGCUGUCAGCGUAGAGGGUGGAAAGGGGGCCCGCCGCAGGAAGAGGCGCGGGCAGUACCAGAGAGCAGGAGUGGCUGGGGUGGCCCCUGGUGUGGCCCCCACGGAGGAGAGGAAGGGCCCGCUGUGCAGGAAGGUAGACAUGUGGGUGCACUUUGACCAGAUCGGCUGGAGCGAGUGGAUUGUUUACCCCAAGCGCUAUAACGCGUACCGCUGUGAGGGCAGCUGCCCUACCCCAGUGGACGAGACCUUCAGCCCCACCAACCAUGCUUACAUGCAGAGUCUACUGAAGCUUCACCACCCAGAUCGUGUCCCGUGCCCGUCCUGUGUGCCCACCCGCCUGGCCCCUCUGUCCAUGUUGUAUUACGAAAACGGCGAGGUGCUGAUGCAGCACUUUGAGGGCAUGGUGGUGGAGGAGUGUGGCUGCCACUGA